CCAACGUAAGAGCUAGUGUUAUAAAACAUUGCCGAUACAAACACUCCGGCUGGUCAGUAAGGACACAAUGGCUCUCUGCAGACAUGCAGUGUUCUUCCAGACCAGAGUGCUGACCAACUCAGAGAAGGAGAAAAUACAGAAGUACUUUAAAAUCAGGAGAAGGUCAGGAGGAGGUGAAUGUGGACCAGUGGAGGACAAUACUGAUAACACCUACAAGAUUUCAUUUCUGGAGCAAGAAGCUCAGCAGAGAAUUCUGGAUCGAAAGGAGCACGUGAUAGACUUGGCUGCUGGGCAACUUUGCAUCUCACUUUUCACGGAAAAUGACACACCUAAAGCAAAAGAAAACAGACAUUCUGCUGAGUGCCUACAGUGCACUGAGAUGCAAUUCACCCUGGUGGAGGAGGAGUUCGGAAGAGAAAUCAAGCUUUCAUCCCCACAUGUCAAGCUCACCAGACAGGGAAGUGGGACUCCAGUGUUUGAGGGGCCAGAGGCAGAGGUAGAGGCUGCACGCACCACACUACAGGAGCUGGUCAAGAAGAUCCGACAAAGGAGUCUCCAGUUACCUGCCCCACUCCUUGCCUUCCUUGCGUCUAGUGGAGCCCUACAAACAUACCAGACCCGGUUCAAGCAGAGCCUGAGGAGUCCAGUGAUGCUUGAGGUGGGACCAGACCUGGUCCUGUCCAGCCUUACUACAGAGGCCCUUGAGGAGGCAGCAGCAGCUCUGGAGAGAGACCUGACUGUGGAGACUGUGGUCUUAGAACAAGCAGAAACAGAGUCACCAGAAAUAGCAACCCUUAGAGAAACCUUGGAUUGUGCCCUGCAACAAUCUAACCACAGCGUUCCAAGGGUCGAGCUUAGUUAUGGUACACCUUCACAAUCCAACCCACACAUGCCUGUCCAGGUUGUUGGGUAUAGGCAAGACGUAGAGCGGCUGAGGCAGGUCCUACUCAACUACAAGCUCAAUCAGGCAGAUAUCUCUGAUUUCAUGAAUCUACCCAACUCAUUUGUGGUUGAUCACUUGUUCCAAGUGUUGGAGCUGCUUGGAGUACAGUAUACUGGUCUAAGAAUGAUGCCCAUCCAUUUACCAGGUCCUGGUGUGCAGUUUACUGGCCCACGUCAGAUGGUACAAGAAUUUCGGAAAAGACUUGCCUCAGGAAUAGGGUCUCUGAUCACUAAAGACUUUAAUGUGGAAGGACCAGGAGCACUUAAGUACUUCAGGGGUGAAGGAAUGGAUAGCAUAGCAUUGCUGGAAAGCUCCCACAAGGUCAUGGUGUUUUUUUCAUCAGAUCAAUCUCAGGUCUUUGUUUCAGCUAGUCAGUCUGCAAGUACCAUCUCCAUUACUCUACCUGUUCCAUCCCUAACACUACCAGAUUAUUCAAGAAAUAAAAUACAUCUUGAGGUUGUACUUGGACAGCUUGAAAACCAGCAGGUUGAUGCGAUGGUGGCUCCCAUGAUGAGAAAAACAUUAACAGCAACCAAUAUUGGGAAAGCAAUUGCCCAAAAGGCUGGAGACCAGUUUCAACGUAACUUUGAUUGCUCCAGAAAAUGUCAGGAUAGUCUCAAACCAGGAGAUGUUUUGGAGGUUGAGGGCACUCCAUCAUUGGGAUGCCAAAAAGUCCUCUUCAUAGAGUGUGUGCCUUCGGAUGCGCUGAGGGGAAACAGUGAAAAGGCAGUGCAAAACGGACUAAGGCGGGCUCUAGAACUAUGUGAGCAUCAUGCUUUCAGCUCAGUGGCUUUUCCGAUUAUCGGACCCGAACAAGUUCUGAGCAUUCCUGCUAACGAGGCAGCUCAGAUCCUGGCAGAUGAGAUUGUCCGGUUUGGAAAAUUAGGACCAAGAACCCUCUCAACUGUACAAAUUGUCAUCCAUCCAGACUAUUCCGAUUCUACAGAGGUCUUUCAAGAAGUAUGCCAGAAGUUAAGUACAUAUAUGGUGAAUAUUGAUACAGGACAAGCUAUCUUUCAGUCUCUGACUUCUGACCUGGAUGAAAUCACACUGCCAGUGGGAGGGAUUAAACUUCAUCUGGUAUUUGGGGACAUCACCAAUGAAACCACAGAUGUUGUAGUGAACACCACAGACUUCCAAAACUUUGAUACAGCUGUGUGCAGGGACAUCUUGACCCUGGCAGGCCCUGAUGUGAAAAGAAGCCUUCAGUCAGCCCAAGUGAAGAGGGGUGAGAUCUUCACAUCUUCCUCUGGCUCUUUCCCGUGCAAGGCCAUCAUGCACAUCUGUGGUCAAAAGGAUCCUGCCGUUAUCCAGGGUCUGGCCCGGGACAUCCUGCUGCUUUGUGAGAGGAAAAAAUACCUAUCAGUGGCCAUUCCUGCCAUCUGUGCUGGAACUGGUGAAAUGGACCCCCGGCUGGUGGCAGAUGCCAUCCUUAACGGAGUGAAGGCUGCAGUCUGUAGCCACGCCUUACAGCACCUCUCCACUGUCCGUCUUGUUUUGCUCAAGAUCAAUGUUUUCCAGCACUUUCAAGCUGCAGCCCAGGCCAUCAUUGGUGUACCUGCUAUCCCAACAAGCCCUGGUCAUUUGAGGGCAACUAGAGUUCCUGUUCAUCAGAGUCCACUUCAGUCCCUUAAGUCAGACCUGAGCCCCCUGCUACCCUCUUCACCCAGAGCCUGUACUCCAGCGGCUUUCACACUUCUGGGCACAUCUGCACAGGACGUGUCCAGUGUCAGUGCUGGUCUGCAACGGGCCUACACCUCCCACUGCUCCGAGCACACCCUGGCCCCAGAGGAGCUGGCUGCGCUCUCUCAUGCAGAGCUGCAGGAUCUGGCCGAGAGAGUGAACAGUCUCGGGGUGCAGCUGGAGCCGUCUGGGCCUGGUAGUGGGGCAGGGGUGGUGUUGAGGGGGCUGACUGAGGGGGUAAAAGAGGUGAGGGACGUCAUGCAGGGGGCAUUACGCCGACAGAUGGUGGAGAGGGACCAGAGGGAGCUGUUCACUCAUGUGGUGUGGUGCAUUAUGGGACAGCGAGGGGAUUGGGAGAGGUUCCCCAAAGAGGCCAAUCAGAAGCUGGAGAUGGGUGAUGUCAGUGGAGGGGUGAUAGAUGCUCAUGGAUACUGUUGGAAGGUAGAUCUCAGACAAAUGCGAGCAACUGCCACUGGUUUAGGUCGUGUAGCAGACAUAAAGAGGCUGCAGAAUCUCCCAGAUUUCAAAGUUCCUGUUUACUGGGACUCUCUUGAUGCUUAUGGAGCCCUGCAAAUGAUCCCACUGGAAUCCUCCUCCGCUGAGUACCGCAGGGUGAAGAGGGACUUCAAGAGGACUGCAAAGAAAACUGUACUCAAGAUUGAGCGUGUGCAGAACGUGCACCUGCGUCGUGCGUUUGAGGUUCAGCGGCAGCAGCUGGAGGAUAAGAACGGUUCACCUGUAGGGGCCGGGGAGAAGAUGCUCUACCACGGCACCACAGCCCAGGCCUGCCAGUCCAUCAUGAAGAAUGGCUUCAACCGUAGCUUUGCAGGCCAGAACGCCACUGUAUACGGACUGGGAACCUACUUUGCUGUGAAUGCCAGCUACUCCGCUAACCCCACCUACUCCCGCCCUGAAGCAGACGGCACUCAGCUCAUGUUCGUGGCUCGAGUUCUGGCAGGUUCCUACACGUUGGGUGGGAGCGAUAUGAGGGUCCCCCCACCGGUCUCUCCUCAACAGCCUGACAUCCGCUUCGACAGCCUUGUGGACAACCACCAGAACCCCAGCAUGUUUGUGGUGUUCCAUGACAGCCAGGCCUACCCUGACUAUCUCAUCACAUUCAAAGAUAAUUCUUCAACUACCGGCCUUUUUGACCUAGGCAUUUUUAGACAUUUUUUUUAGAGAUCUUUCAAUUAAAAUAUUUUUUUCAUAUUCUGAUUAUCUGCUCUAUCUAGAAACAUGCCCUAAUAGUGGCUGAGUUGUUUUUACUUAAAAGGGCGCUAUUAUGCUUUUUAGUUUUUUCCUUGUCCUACUGUAGAUUACAGUAUACAUAGCUUGUUGUGUACACUGUAAAAAGUUGCUCAUGACUUCAUUUUAAAACUAUAUUUAUUCCAAUUGUGGACGACCAGCAGAACCCCAGCAUGUUUGUGGUGUUCCUCGACAGCCAGGCCUACUAUCUCAUCACAUUAAAAUAAUUGAAUGCCCUCAUAUGAUGGGGAAAAACAUAGCCUAAUGUCAGAUUGAAAUUCUGAAACUCAACCAUUAAUCAUGAUAAACAAGUAUACAAUAUAUUUUACAAUAAUAACAAAUAAGAUGAUAAUAAAAUAAGAUGAACUAAAAUAGGUUAUUUGUGAUCACUAAAA